GCGGGGAUGCAGGGGUGCCCGGUGCCGCAGGGGCGCCCGGGGGGUGCAGAGAUGCCCGGUGCCGCAGUGGGGACCGGCGCAGCAGGGGUGCCCGGUGCUGCAAGGAUGCCCGGUGCCGCAGCAGGGACCGUGGCCGCAAGGGUGCCCAACGGAGCCUGCAGAGUGCCGUGGGGUGAGGGGAUGCCCGAGGGGUGCCCGGGCCCUGGGGGGCCGUGGGGUGCUCCAGGCUUGCGGGUGGUGACCCGGCAGUGCAGUGGGCUGGGGGGGUGCAGAAAAGCCCCCCACAGCCAGGGGCUGCCCCGAGUGUGCCCCAGCGUCUUGGAGGGAGGGCUGCAUCUGUCUGGGGCCCACGGUGUAGUAGCCCCCUCCUGCUGCCGACGGGGGCUGUAGCCCCGCGGGGAGGUUCAUAGCCUCCCCACGUACUAGACCCCAGCUGUGGGGCUGUGACGUGUGGGGCAGCUGAUCCCAUGGGUGGGUGCGAGGGAUGGGGUGGCCUAGGCUGGGCUGGUGAGGAAGGCUCUGGAAGCGUGUGAGCUUGUGCAUGUGAGCGUGCACAUAAGUGUGCACGGUGCAGCGUCACUCGUUCCACGGCGACACCAUCACUCAUCUCACGGCAGCACCGCUGGGUUUGGCAUGGCAACGGCUGGGGACUGCUGGAGCAGAGCAGUGGACAGCCAGGCAGCAUCCAAACCCUGUGGCAGCACCCGAAACCCUUGCUGCCAGCCCACGGGGGCAACUGGGGGCACUCAGCUCCAUCCUCCCCAUGGUCCCUCUCUCUACAGGCUCAGGUUUGGGUUUGCUUCCAUUCUCCUCUCCUCUGGGCUCAGGAAGGGCUGUCACCUCCUGUGCCUGGCCAGCCCCAGCUGCACUGUGCCUGCCCUGUGAUGCCACCCCACCCAGCCACCCUGUGACACGGCCCUGCUCUCAGAGGUGACCCAGCGUCUCGAGGGGAUCCCCUGGCAGGGACUCACCCUGCAGCCACUGCCCUGCUUGCUCCUGCGCUGGCAGAGCCCACAGAGGCUGCGCCCUUGCGGACAGAGGCAAAGGCAGGUCUGGCCACCAGCCCCGUUGCGGGAGCACAGGAGGGAUGGCCUUCCAGCGGAGCCACCGGCUGAACCUGCUGCGCCUCGUUGUGCUGCUCCUCGUGGCCUUGGCUGGAAUCAAGUUCCUUUUUGGCGACAGUUUCACCUUGGAGCUGCACAAGCACGUCAGCAAGGACAGUGGGUUCUGGGGGGACGCGGGUGACACUGGCCAGGACGCUGGCCCCCGAAGCCAGGAUCUUGAGGAAACUGUGGUGAAGAUAAUGGCCCCGAGGCAAGAGACUGGGCAGCAGGUCCCCAGGGACAUCAGUGCCACUGAGAUGAGGUUGGUCCACCUGGACCUCAAGGGAGCUGCACCCAGGGUCUCCUACCUGGAACAGGUGUUCCCCCUCCUGUCCCAGCUGGGAGCCAACGGCAUCCUCAUCGAGUACGAGGACAUGUUCCCCUUCAAGGGCGAGUUGGAAAUCCUCAAGUCCCCAUAUGCGUACAGCGAGGAGGACAUCGAGCGGAUCCAGCAGCUGGCGGAGCUCCACAAGCUGGAGGUGGUUCCCCUGGUGCAGACUUUCGGACACGUGGAGUUCAUCCUCAAACAUGAGAAGUACCAGCACCUCCGGGAGGUCGAGCGCUUCCCCAACAGCUUCAACCCCCAUGUCCCUGAAACCCUGGCCCUGCUCAAGAGCAUCUUGUCGCAGGUGAUAGAGAAGCACAGACGUUCCACUUGGAUCCACAUUGGUGCAGACGAGGUCUUCCAUCUCGGGGAGGGGAUGGACUCCAAGAACUGGAUGAGCCGCAACAAGGGUGACACGGGCACCAUGUACCUGAAGCACAUCAAGGAGGUGCUGGGCUUCAUUGCCAUGCAGUACUGGGGGCUGCAGGUGCUCAUGUGGGAUGACAUGCUGAGGAAGAUCAGCGUGGGAGCCCUGCGGGAGUCUGGGAUAGCAAAGCAUGUCUCACCUGUGGUGUGGUUCUAUGCACCCGACUUCAACGCUGAGCAGAUCGAGCCAUUCCUCACCAAGUACGCGGAGAGCGGCUUCGAGGCGGUGUGGUUCGCCAGUGCCUUCAAGGGUACCACAGGACCAGCGCAGGCCUGGCCCCCCCUGAGCUACCACCUGAAAAACCACCUGAGCUGGCUGAAGGUGACACAGGCGCUGCCACGGCUGGCCCCACUGCGCUGCCAGGGCAUCGUCCUCACCGGCUGGCAGAGGUACGAUCACUACUCAGUGCUGUGUGAGCUCCUGCCCGUUGGCAUCCCCUCGCUGGCCAUCUGCCUGCAGACGCUAAUGAACGGGGGAUUCACAGAAGAGACGAAGAGGAAGGUCCUGGAGGCGCUGGGCUUCCAGAGCUUGCAGCUGGAGCAGAGCACAUGCGAGGGCAGGGGCACGUUCCCCGGUGCAGAGAUCUACCACAUGGUGGAGCAGGUCAAUGGCCACCUGAAGGAAAGCAUCCUCAAGGCCCUGGAGGAGGAGAGCGCCAUCAAAGGCUGGUUCAGCCCCUAUCACCGCAAGCACCAGUUUGGCAACCCCCGCAACAUGGAGAGCUUUGGCAGCAAGGUGCUCAAGCUCCACGAGGACUGGGAAAGCUUCAUCCAUGACCUGCGUGGCCAGCUGGAGAGGGUCUACUUCCCCGACACAGUGGAGGAGUGGAUGGAGGAGAAUGUCAACCCUUACCUGGACCAGCUGCGGGACCUGGUGCGGGACUACCAAGCCAUCAUCCGCCUCAACGCCAGGCCCAAGGUGAUGUAGUGGCUGUGGCCCCCCCAGGUCCCACUGUCCCCCAAGGGUGGGCUUCAGGUGCUGCCAUUGCGUGUCUGUGUGCCAGUGACCGCGUCACUGCUGUUGGUUUGUACUGUACAAAGAGCUCCCGCACACCCCGCUUCCACAAUAAAGUAUUUUUGUAGAU